CUUCCGUAGUUCCGUUGUCCAUCUCUCUCUCUAUAUAUAUAUAUCUGGAAAAGCUAUUUGCCUUGCUCCCACUUCGCAUGUUGAGGCAAAUAGCAGCGCUUUCACUUAUCAUAAAAGCGUCCUAAGUUGACUUCAUCAUCAAUGGCAGGAGCGACAAACAGGUAUGCAGUAGUUACGGGGUCAAAUAAGGGGAUUGGGUUUGGAAUAUGCAGGCAGCUGGCCGCAAAUGGGGUGGUGACGGUGUUAACUGCUAGAGAUGAGAAAAGGGGUCUUGAAGCUGUUGAAAAGCUGAAAGAGUGUGGGGUGUCUGAUGAGCAUGUGGUAUUUCAUCAGCUUGAUGUGGCUGACCCUGCUAGUAUAGCUUCUCUCGCAGAUUUCAUCAAAAUCAAAUAUGGGAAGCUUGAUAUAUUGGUUAACAACGCAGGGAUUUCUGGAGCUGGAGUUGAUGGUGACGCUUUAGCAGCUUCAGGUAUUGGUGAGGAAGGUGAGAAUGCCAAAAUCGAUUGGAGUAAAAUACUGACUGAAACUUAUGAGUUAGCUGAAGAGUGCCUAAACACAAACUACUAUGGCACCAAAAGAGUGACUGAAGCACUGCUUCCCCUCCUUAAGCUAUCCAAUUCACCAAGGAUUGUCAAUGUUUCCUCUUCCAUGGGGCAGUUAAAGAGCAUACCAAAUGAAUGGGCUAAAGGAGUGUUAGGUGAUGCUGAAAGCCUCACAGAAGAAAGAGUGGAUGAGGUAUUGAGUGAAUUUCUGCAAGAUUUUAAAGAGGGUUCCUUGGAAACCAAAGGGUGGCAUGGUCUUAUGCUUGCCUAUAGAGUUUCAAAAGCGGCUCAAAAUGCCUACACAAGAAUCGUGGCCAAGAAGUACCCAUCUUUCCGUGUCAAUUGUCUCUGUCCUGGCUUUGUCAAGACUGAUAUGAACCACAACACUGGCUAUUUGACGAUUGAUGAAGGUGCAGAAGGUGCUGUAAGGUUAGCGCUACUGCCCAAUGAUGGUCCUUCUGGCCUAUUCUUUCAUCGGAAUGAAUUGUCAACGUUCGAUUAAAUGUCAGCCUCUUUGUCAAAAUAAAUAAGGAAGCGAGUCAUCUUGAUAGAGAAAAAUAUAUUACAUCAAUAUCGAAUGACUGCAGUACUUUCCUUGCAUUUGAUUCUCAAUGUAUAAUAGGUUUCUUGAAGACCAAUGUGUAACUUUAUUGUCAUAUAUAUAUUGUGUAUGCAGUAAGCAAGUUUUUCA